UUUGUUUAUAUACCAAAUUUGCAAAUUGUUGCCGCCGAUUUAUCAAAACAUUUUGUGCUUAUUGCAAAACUAAAUGUAAUGUGAAAAUUUUAUAAUGGCUUCAGAAACUAGUGUAGAAAAAGUUAAAAAUUUAAAUGAAGCAGCAAAUAAUAAAAUAGAGGAAAAUUCUGUUACAAUAUGUGAGGAUGAGCAGCCGAGUACUAGUAAAGCUGCACGAGAGCGACAGGAUGAUGAGGAUUUGGCGAAUAUUGUCACAGCUGAGGAGUAUAUAAUGCAUAAGAAUAUAGUGCUGUUGGAAUAUGAGAAGCAAAUGUUUUUAGAUAUGGUGCAUGCGGAUGGUUUAUUAGUUUGUGCAAAGGGUCUACAUUAUGAUCGCGUGCUAAUAAAUAUACUAAAAGCUUAUAGUGAUGCUGGUAAUUUAAUAUUAGUUAUAAAUGCUUCCGAUUGGGAAGAGGAAUACUACAAAACAAAAUUAGAACGUAAAUACGUGCAUGAAGUAGCAAAUACUGCUGCAGAACGUGAAAAAGUCUAUCUGGAAGGUGGAAUACAGUUCAUAAGUACACGCAUUUUGGUUGUUGAUUUAUUAAAACAACGAAUACCUGUUGAAUUGAUAACUGGAAUUAUUGUGAUGCGUGCCCACAACAUCAUUGAGUCAUGUCAGGAGGCUUUUGUCUUGCGUUUAUAUAGACAACAAAACAAAACUGGUUUCAUUAAAGCAUUCUCCAACAGCGCUGAAGCAUUCACGAUUGGUUAUAAUCACAUCGAACGUAUACUGCGUAAUCUGUUUCUGAAGCAUCUUUUUAUUUGGCCCCGCUUCCAUGCCACAGUGCAACAAACCAUAAAGCCAUAUGAAGCACAGACUAUAGAAAUCCAUGUACCUUUAACACAUAAAAUGGAGCUCAUACAAACGAAUUUAUUAGAUACUAUGAAUUUUUUGGUACGCGAAAUUAAACGCAUAAAUCGCACAAUUGACUUGGAGGAAAUAACAGUCGAGAAUUGCGUGACGAAGAAGUUUCAUAAGAUUUUGCAAGCGCAACUGGAUUGCAUAUGGCAUCAGCUAAAUUCACAAACAAAAUUAAUUGUUGCUGAUUUAAAAAUCUUAAGAAGUUUAAUUAUCUCCACAAUGUAUAAUGAUGCCGUGAGUGCUUAUGCAUUAAUAAAACGUUAUCGCACAACUGAUUAUGCCAUGACAAAUUCCGGUUGGACAUUAUUGGACUCUGCUGAGCAAAUUUUCAAACACUCUAAAGAGCGUGUUUAUAAUAAAGAAGAUGAAUUCGAACCUGAAGCAGUACCAAAAUGGAAAUACUUAACCGAAAUAUUGCGCGUUGAAAUACCGGCCGAUAUGAAGCGUACGAAACCAGAUUCCAUCACACCACCAAAAGUAUUAGUACUCUGCCAAGAUACGCGUACUUGUUUUCAGCUCAAGCAAUACCUAACACAAGGUGGCGAACGCUAUAUGCUCUAUAAUGCUAUGAGGCAUGAGAUACCUAUAAAAAAACUUGGUAAAUCUUUUCAAAAAGUCAAGAAUGCUAAAGAUUUAGAGUUGACUUUUACGCAAAACACUAGUAAUGUUAGUAGUAAAAAUGCGAGCGGUGUUAAGGAGCAAAGUAAAAGUAAUGGAGAUGAGACCACUGAUGGCGAACAAACACAAAUGGAUGAAUUAACGCAGUUACUGAGCGGUAUUGAAGCUGAGGAAAAUUUAGAUGCUAAAUAUUUUCAAGAAAGUUAUAUGCUAACAAUGACACAAAACUUCGAUGAUACGAAUUUAUCACUUUUCAAUGACAGUGGAAAUGAUGAAGAGGUUAAUGCAGAUCUAUCCGUUUUUGAACCAUUUCCAGAAUUGGAAAACUUUGAUAUAACUGCUGCAGUAGCGGCACGUAAGCAACCUUUUAUUUGUAUACAGACUUUUAAAACGGAACGUGAGGGAUCGUUGGCAUUGGAUCGAGUACUUGAAGAGCUGGAACCAGAUUAUGUGAUUAUGUAUAACACAAAUGUAACAGCUAUCAGACAAUUGGAAAUAUAUGAAGCGAGGCAAAAAAGAGCUGCCAAAAAACGUAUAAAGGUUUUCUUUUUGAUACAUGCACGUACAGUUGAAGAACAAUCCUAUUUAACUAGUCUGAGAAGAGAAAAACAAGCCUUUGAGUUGAUAAUAGAAACUAAAAGAACAAUGGUUGUACCAGAAUAUCAGGAUGGUAAGACGGAUGAAGCAUUUACGUUGUACAAAAAAUAUAUAGAUUCUGAUGAUGAUGAGUUGGAUAAUAAACAAACUGCACAGGCCGGUGGUCAGUUGGUAAAGAAACGUGAGAUACCAAAAGUCAUUGUUGAUAUGCGUGAAUUUCGUUCUGAUCUACCUUGUUUGCUACACAAACGAGGCAUUGAAGUGCAACCAGUGACUAUAACAAUUGGUGACUACAUUUUAACACCUGACAUAUGUGUGGAACGUAAAUCAAUAUCUGAUUUAAUUGGUUCAUUAAAUUCAGGUCGUUUGUAUAAUCAAUGCAUACAAAUGCAGCGAUUUUAUGCUAAACCCAUAUUGCUGAUAGAAUUUGAUCAGAAUAAACCGUUCCAUUUGCAAGGAAAAUAUAUGAUUUCACAGAACACUUCAACAGCAAAUGCCGACAUUGUACAGAAACUGCAAUUACUAACUUUACAUUUUCCUAAGCUGCGUUUAAUUUGGUCACCAAGUCCAUAUGCCACCUCACAGCUAUUUGAGGACUUAAAAAUGGGUAAGGAACAGCCCGACUCGAAGAAAGCUGCUACAUUGGGUAGUGAUGAAGCUGGUGGUGCAUACGAUGAACUGAAAUAUAAUGCAAAUAUCUAUGACUUUCUCCUACGUCUACCUGGUGUUAACACAAAAAAUAUACACAAACUAAUGCGACUUGGUGGUAGUCUCAAGGAGUUGCUUAAAAAAACCGAGAGUGAAUUAAGUGAUCUGCUUGAUUCUAGAGAAAAUGGCAAAUUGUUGUGGGAUAUAUUACAUGUAGCGCACUUACCUGAAAAGGAUGAAGUACAGGGCUCAACUGCGAUGAUUGCUGCUGGCAAGUCAUAUGGCGCACACUCACGUUUUAGACGCGGUGCAGCUGCUGCUAGAGGCACUGGCCGAAAGCUGAAAAGUUAAGCAUUUACUUAAUUUUAUUUAAGUUUAAGGCAGAGCAUUAAUUGUAUUAUUAUUUAGUUUGAGUAUUUAUUAAGUUUGUUUAUAUUAUAUUGUAAUUACAUUGCUAUUGUUUUCCUCUUUAAACCUAUUUGCUCUUAAACUUUAUUCAUUAAAACCUAUUUUGUUAUUCAAAUAGUUUAAUGGCAGCUGAUGGCAUCGCAUGCAAUUUGCCAUCAUUUUGGAUGCCAAAAGCUGUGUUUGUGUGAUAAAUUGAAUUAAAAAUUAA